GUUGGCUUUCCUCUUCGUUCUCCUCGUUGCCGUUCGCGUGAGGCAGAGCUUCCCUCUUCGGUUUCGCUGGUUCGCGUGGGGUAGAGCUUCGAAUGAGUUGCUUGCCGUUGCCUGUCUAGGGUUUGCUUCUCCUCUGCAUUUACUCGUUUCUGUUCUGCUUAGCGUGAAGUAGAGUUCUGAAAGAUUUGAAGCUUCUCCGCCUCCUCCGACGACGUUGUUCCAGUCAGAUCGGAAGUCGCGCCGGGAGCUUGCCGCGAAGGAAUUGCAUUUGGACAUACCAUGUCUUCUGCUCAAGAUCCAUUUUAUAUUGUGAAAGAGGAAAUUCAAGACUCUAUUGACAAGCUACAAGUUACUUUUCGUGAAUUGGAGCAAACACCUUUUGAAACAGGGGAGCGUGUUCAUCUAACCAAGGAACUCCUUACAAAUUGCGAGAGUAUUGAAUGGCAGGUUGAUGAAUUGAAUAAGGCUAUUGCUGUAGCUGCAAGAGAUCCAGGUUGGUAUGGGCUUGAUGAUGCGGAGCUCGAAAGAAGGAGGAGGUGGACCACAUCUGCUCAUAACCAGGUAGCUAAUGUGAGAAAAGCUGUCGAAUCUGGGAAGGAGAAGAUUAUUUCUCACAAUGGGACACGCAAAGAUUUGAUGAGGCUUCCAAUUGAUCGAUCAAAUUACUAUUCCACAGUAGAUAGUGAUGAUAUCAUCAGUUCUGAGUCAGAUCGGCAGAUGCUUCUUAUAAAGCAACAAGAUCACGAGUUGGAUGAACUAAGCGCAAGUGUUCAGAGAAUUGGAGGUGUCGGGCUUACAAUACAUGAUGAACUUAUUGGACAGGAGAGGAUCUUGGAUGAACUUAGCACAGAGAUGGAAACUACGGCGAACCGGCUAGACUUCGUCCAGAAAAAAGUUGCGAUGGUCAUGAAGAAGGCUGGAGCGAAGGGGCAAAUUAUGCUGAUAGCCUUCUUAUUAAUUCUUUUUAUCAUUCUUUUUGUGCUGGUAUUCCUCACGUAGAAAACAGGUGAUUUCUUCAUUUAUUAUAUUUUUCUUUAUAGUCUUCGUGAGGAAAAGCUUAUUUCUCGGAUCAUGUUGAUGUAAUAACUGAGUUUUGAAGAUGUGCCUGUUAUUGAUGCCAACUUUGCACA